AUGUCCGACAGAAAACGUCAGAAAACAACAAACAAUAAAAUUUUAAACACAUCUUCAAUUACAAAAUUUGAACAAUUACCAAAUGAAUUGAUAUUAAUUUGUUUUGCAUAUUUCAAUUUCUAUGAAUUAUAUGAGAUAUUUUCUGGUUUAAAACAACGUUUUAAUCAACUAAUUCAAAAUGAAUCAAAUAUACAUAUUAAUUUAGCUUCAAUUCCAUCUGAAAAAUUUUUAACAUUUUGUUUUCAAUUAAAUCAAUGUAAAAACUAUCCUUUAUCAAUUAUAGCUUAUGGUAAACACAAACUUAAUUUAAUAUUAGAAGAUGAUUUAUUUCAAGAGAAAUUUUCUAAAUUAAAAUCAUUAUCAUUAUCAAAAAUGAAUGUUGGAACUAUAGAUCGUCUAAUAUUUAAUGAAACAACAAAAUUAUAUCAAAGUUUAGAACGAUUAAGUUUACUAGAUAAAAUCCGUGAAGACCGUGAAGGAUCUUUUAACAUAGAUCGUUUAUUUAAAAAUUUGAUAUCAUCAAAAAUGAAAUCAUUAAAAUAUUUGAAAUUAAAUUACUUUCACGCAUUAGAAAAAAGAGAAAAACCAUUAAGUCAUUUAGAAACAAUUAUUAUUGGAAAUAUUUCUGAUAAUUAUAAUACUAAAGCAAGAGCAAACAUAUUUUUUUACACAUUGAUAGAAGAUUUAUUACCAUGUCUACCAAAAUUAAAAAAUUUAAUUAUAAAUUCAAUUUGUUUUGAAGACUUCUUUCAACGACAACGACAUAAAUUAUCAUCAACUACAACAACAACAACAAAUUCAAUUUUACCAUUAAAUUUAAAAAUACUACCAUCAAUUAUAGAAAUAAAUCCAAAUAUUCCAUUAAAUUUAAAAUUAAUUAAAAUCUGA